AUGAGUGUGAUACUGGAGACCUCUCUCGGCGAGAUUGUCAUCGACCUCUUGGUUGACAAUGCACCCAGAUGCUGUGAGAACUUUUUAAAACUUUGCAAAAUCAAGUAUUACAACUUCUCCCCGUUUCACAGCGUCCAGAAAGGCUUUAGUUGUCAGACUGGAGAUCCACUCGGUCCAGAUUCGCCCGAAAGUGAUGGCGGUAGUUCUAUCUGGGGCUUGCUAUCGGGCCCAUCAAAGAAGAGCUUUAUGGUCAAAAUCGACCCCAAGCUGAAACAUUCCCAGCGUGGGACAGUCAGUAUGGCAACAGUGCCCUCGCCACACGAUCCCGAUGAGCGACUCGCUGGCAGCCAGUUCAUCAUAACCCUCGGAGAUGACAUUGAUUACUUGGACGGGAAGGCCGCCCCUUUUGGCAUGGUAGUCGAAGGCUUCGACACUCUGGACAAAAUCAACAAUGCCUUCACUGAUUCCAAUGGUAGACCUCUCAAGGACAUCCGCAUCCGGCACACCAUAAUAUUAGAAGACCCAUACGACGACCCACCAGGGCUGGUUGUGCCCGACUCAAGCCCUGCGCCGACCAAGGCACAAUUGGCCACUGUUAUGAUCGCGGAUGAUGAAGAAUUGGACGAAGAAGUGGACGAAGUGGCCCUAGAGAAACUACGAAGAGAACGAGAGGCAAGAGCACAGGCUCUGACUCUCGAAAUGGUUGGUGACCUCCCUUUUGCCGAGGUCAAGCCUCCGGAGAAUGUUCUUUUCGUUUGCAAAUUGAAUCCCGUCACAAACGACGAAGAUCUCGAGCUGAUUUUCAGUCGGUUUGGCAAAAUCCUCUCUUGCGAGGUCAUCAGAGAUAAACGCACUGGUGACAGCCUACAGUAUGCCUUUAUUGAGUUUGAGAAUCAAAAGGACUGUGAGCAAGCCUACUUCAAGAUGCAAGGUGUGCUCAUCGACGACCACCGCAUCCACGUGGACUUCUCGCAGAGUGUCUCUAAGUUGUCUGAUACCUGGAGAGACGCAACGAACUCGAAGAGGGCGAGACAAUCCGGGGGGUUCGGUGGGAUUGCGAAUCUCGAGAAGCGUCGACAUUACCGUGAGGACGACGGACGUGGACAAAGUGGCGGCAACUACCGAAUGGUAUUUGACAAAGAGGACAUCCGCCGAAACAAAGAGUCUCGGCGAGAGGAGGAGCCUCGAAGAUCUCGGAGCAGAAGUAGAAGCCCGCGACAUGACGGGAAGGAAUCCAGACGAAACGAGUACCGAAAUAAAGAUCAGGAUAGACGCGACCACAGAGAUCGUGGGGAAAGAGGUCAUUAUCGUGACAGAGACAGAGAUGUUGACCGGGACAGAGCACGGCGAGGACAGUCGUAUCGCUCGGGCCCCCGGAGGGACAGAGACCGCUGA